CAACCGGCCCGUGACGUCAGCCGUCCCAGCGCGACCCUGCUUGCGCGGCUUUGAUUGGAGGGAAACCCCGUGGACGAGCGCGAGCUAGCGAGCGAGCGAGCGAGGGAACGUCAGCUGUGCGGCCCGGGAAUCAGGACUCAAGAAGACGCUAGCGCCGUUUCAACGACGUCCACAGCCCGCGUAGGAACCAUGGCAGACAGGGAGAUCCUGGUCCAGAAAGCCAAACUGGCCGAGCAGGCCGAGCGCUACGACGACAUGGCGGCGGACAUGAAGGCCGUGACGGAGGAGUGCUCGGCCGAGCUGAGCAACGAGGAGCGCAACCUGCUCUCGGUCGCCUACAAGAACGUGGUGGGCGCCCGCAGGUCCUCGUGGAGGGUGGUGUCCAGCAUGGAGCAGAAGUUGGAGGACGGCAACAAGGCCAACCAGGCCAAAGAGUACAGGAUGACCAUCGAGAAGGAGCUCCACGACAUCUGCACAGAAGUUCUGGGUCUGCUGGAAAACCACCUGAUUCCCAAAGCAAGUGUUGCCGACAGUAAGGUCUUCUACCUGAAGAUGAAGGGCGACUACUAUCGCUACCUGGCGGAGGUUGCCACCGGAGAUGAGAAGGAGAAAAUCAUCACGAGCUCCAAAGAUUCGUACCAGGCGGCCUUGGACAUCAGCUACAAAGACAUGGAGCCCACUCAUCCCAUCCGCCUGGGCCUGGCGCUCAACUUCUCCGUCUUCUACUACGAGAUUGUCAACUCGCCCACCGAGGCCUGCAACCUGGCCAAAAAAGCCUUUGACGAGGCCAUCUCCAAGCUGGAGUCGCUGAACAGCGAAUCGUACAAAGACAGCACCUUGAUCAUGCAGCUGCUCCGCGACAAUCUCACGCUGUGGAUGUCCGACGCCCAGGCAGAAGGUGAUGAGACGGAGGCACCGGCUGAGGAGGUCAAGAACUGAAGUCCUCCGCAAGAUGGGAAAAAAAAAGAAAAAUACCCCCCCCCCCCCCAUUUUUUUAAUUACCUCUCACCAGCCCAAGUUGUCUGCGUGGUUGUGCAUGUGCUCAUACAUGCGCAUAUGUAUGUUUACGCUCUACUCGCGGUGUGUAAAGUACAGUAUGUUCGUUCAUUGGAAGAACGCCUCCACUGAUUUAAAAAAAAAAAAUUGAAUCGGAUAUUACUCGGUGUCAAAAAAAAUGGAUGGUAAAUUUUUUUCUGGUAUAGUUUAGUCCCAUUGUAAUUUAUUUUUUUUUUCCCCCCCGAAAUUAGACGGUCAUUUGUGGUAGUAAGCUGCCGCUGUUACAGGGCAAAAAUCAAACCUCAAACUUUAUUUUGAUACUUUGUGUGUUUUUACUUGAACUAUUGUGACACUUGGGUCCACAAUACCACCUUGAAACGCAUCUACUGAAUCAAAAUCGUCACCCGUGUCCGAUUCUUGUCCAGUUUACACAAACGCACGCACAGAAAAAAUAGAUCCUGGUUUCUGAUAAAGUUAGUGCUUAGACUGGUGAACGUUUGCCGCUUUCCUGUAAGCGGCAAUUACGUUUUACAGAUGGUACGUGCGUCACAGUGGCUCGGUGGAUCUCGGUGCGCUUCAACAGCAUACCUGCCUGCUAAGGUUCUUGGUGUGAAUGGACUUUUUCUUCGUUAUUUCGUCUGUCUCUUUGUUUUUUGGGUUUGUUUUUAAUUUUUUUGGGCUGCGAUGAGUUUCAUCACGCUGACUUGUCUUCAGUUCAUAUCCUGCAUACUUUGCGUAAAAGUGAACAACUUGAUUAAAACAAACAAAAAAAAAACGGCCUGAUACUGUAACUUUGUUUUGCUACUUUUUCUAUUCAGGUGUUUAUUUUGUAUGACAUUUUUUGUGUGUAUUUUAUUCCCCCUUUAACCCCAGGAAUGUAUGUGUUUCUCGUCGUAUGAGGUGAGAGGUCGGUGUGUUUUGAAACUGGCACUUGUUUUUUUUUUUUUUACUUUGGAUUUCACAGUCUUUAAUCAGAAGUCAAAGGUGAUGCUGAUUCGCAAAGUAACUGUAGGAAGCAGCGUUUUGGACCGUUGAGUAGACACAAAUUAGUGCUGGUUUCUUCUAAUCAUGGUGGGUCAAACAAGAAGAUGGGAUGCAGGAAUUGAAACAUGUUGCAGGUGGCAAUCUUGAAGUAGGUUAUGCGCUUUCGUGUGAGACCAAUUAAAACAUUAAAUCCAA